AGCAACUCUCCAUCCUGCCGACGGCUCGGACUGUGACAGUGCUUGACUCAGAAGACUGCGGAUAGAAGGGACACAUGCUGCGCCACUUACCUCCCCCUGGACUGACUUCCUGCUCCAUCAUUCCUCUGCUGCUGCCUGGAUACACUUGGGAAGGUGAAGUUGCAGGAUGAAAACAAAUGACCAUUUCACUGUAGAAGAGAAUCCAGCUCCAGUCAAGUGUGGAUGCGGAGCUUUUAUUGGGGUUUUUCUUGCUUCCAUUCUGCUGACAAACGGACGCCUCAUCCCCUGCUGACUCACCACUCAGCCAAAGAUGUCACGCACCAUUCUCCUCCGGCGCACUGCCUCUAACUUUGUCAGCAUCUGAGGACGGACUCUGACUGGAGAGGGGACACUUCUGUCCGCUCCUUCACUUUCCUGAGGUCCAGAGGAAGAUGACUCAAGUUGUGCAAGUCAUCGCCUGCUCGGCGUCCGACUGGAGGGGAAGGGCUCUGACCUGUGUCGGAUGUUGACCGCGCUGGAGACAGGUGUUUGUUUGGCAGCAUGGUGGUGACACGGCUGGAGUUGGAACUGUGCUACCAGGGCAGGAAGUUACGAGGCGUGACUUGGAAGCUGACCCGCUCCGAGCAUGGCUUCCUACCGGAGAGUUCCUAUCUCAUCGCAGCUCAGGUGAUGGUCCCGCUCCUGGUGUCAGGGCUGGGAUUGGUCUCCGCCGGCAUCGUAAUGGACCUCAUACAACACUGGGAGGUGUUCAAAGUCAUCACGGAGUUGUUCAUCCUGGUUCCGGCACUGGUUGGACUCAAAGGGAACCUGGAGAUGACGCUGGCGGCUCGUCUCUCCACGGCGGCCAACACAGGGCAAAUGGAUGAUCCGAACAAGCAGUGGACCAUGGUGUGCAGCAACCUGGCUCUCAUUCAGGUUCAAGCUACAGUGAUGGGUUUCCUUGCUGCCGUGGCAGCCAUUGUUUUGGGAGCCAUCUCAAGAGGAGGCGUUGAACUGGACCAGGCGGCGGUGCUGUGUGCCAGCAGCAUCACCACCGCUUUCGUCGCCGCCUUCUCCUUAGGCCUGGUGAUGAUCGGGGUGAUCGUGGGCUCCAGGAAAGUCGGCAUCAACCCGGACAACGUCGCUACUCCCAUCGCCGCGUGUAUGGGGGACCUGAUCACCCUGUCCCUGCUGGCCGGGGUCGGCAGCGCGCUCUACGGAUACAUAGACGUGUGGUACUUGUCUCCACUGGUGUGUCUGGUCUUCCUGUCUCUGAUCCCGCUGUGGGUGAUGGUUGCACGCCAGAGUCCUCAAAUCAGGGAAAUCCUUCGCUCUGGGUGGCAGCCUGUUUUAGUCGCCAUCUCUAUCAGCAGUUUUGGAGGCCUGAUCCUGGACAAGACCGUCAGCGAUCCCACGUUUGAGGGCAUGGCUGUGUUCACUCCGGUCAUCAACGGAGUGGGCGGGAACCUGGUGGCCAUCCAGGCCAGCCGGAUCUCCACCUACCUGCACUUCUGGAGCAUUCCCGGGGUCCUUCCCUACAAGAUGCGGCAGCACUGGCCGAACCCCUUCGUCACCUUCUUCUCCUCAGGGGUGAACUCCAAAUCAGCACGAGUGCUGCUGAUGUUGGUCCUGCCGGGUCACAUGGUCUUCCUGCUGGCCAUCUCCCUGCUCCAGGGGGAUGAAGCACCGAUCUCCAUCCCCUUCACCUGCUGCUACUUGUGUGCCGCUCUGCUGCAGGUCACCAUCCUGCUCUAUCUGGCCGACCUGAUCGUGCGGCUGACCUGGAGGAGAAGUCUGGACCCGGACAACUUCUCCAUCCCGUACCUGACGGCGCUGGGCGACCUGCUGGGCACCGGCUUCCUGGCCCUUUGUUUCCGCUGUGUGUCUCUGCUGCAGAGCCUGGCGCUCUGAGGCGCCCGCGCUGGAGGACACUAGGCUGGAAAAUCAUUCCUCUUCAGACGCUUCACCAGUGAAACAGGGAGCCCACAAACCUUUGACAAGACGUGGACCCACUUCCUCAGAGCCUGACUUCAGGACACACAUCUCUCAUCACGUUUUCAACUCCAACUUUCAUCAUAUCAAAUAAAAAAACCCCAUCAUUUUCACUCAAAUUCUCUUCUCUGGUUUCUGAGAAAAGCAUAUAUUUCACUAUCUACAAACAACGCGUGGCUGAGUGUGGCCGAUAUACAUUUCCUGUACUGACAGCUUGGUGUUGAGAUGCUUUCAUGAUUCACACAUUUGCACUAAGUGAAACGUUCUCGGAAAUACACAUGUAGCAACAUGUUAUUUUGCAACGGCAGUUUGCCGCUCAGUUGUGUAUUUCGGGCUGCUGUACUGUCAGCACUUGUGCGGAUGACAUGCUGCUCAGACAGAAGUAGCAGUGGCGACGACGUAAACAGAAACUACCUGUGAAAGCACUGCCACAUGUUCUUAACCUCCGAUUCCUCUUCAGGGUGUCAUGCUCUGAACCUCUUAAGAGGAAGAUGGGCUCAUGAGGCUUCAUGAAACAGUGUCAUCUGUGCUCAAUGGCACCAUCUGCUCAAAUCCUCAAGGAAGGACACUGUUCUGUGAAGCUUCAUAAAACCAAUGGAGAGAUGAGACAGUUGAGGAUCUGAGGACACUGUUUCAUGAAGCCUCAUGAGCCUGUCACUACCUUUAAGAGGUGAAGAUGGACGAAGGUCUCAUGCCUUACUGUGUUACCGUCAGACCUCAGUGUGUCAGUGCUUCUAAUGUCCUCAUGUGAACGUGUCAAACACUCGCCAUGCGAAAGUGACUUACUAGAAUGUCAACUGUGUAUCAUAUCUGUGUAGUUAUUGUGACACUCUUGCACAACAAUAACAACAUUUUCACCUCCAACCUGUUGUCCGAAAACUGAGGUCAACACUGGUUGUGUAGCAGUGGUUCAGCGUUUCCUCUAAAAGGGACAUGUCGCCUCCAAAACAUGUGUGUGUUUGACAUCGCUUCAGUGAGUUCUGUUCAACUAAAUUGGUCUAUUUUAAUAAAAAGCAGUGUAAAGACA